UCAACGAUAUCAGAACUUCACCGGAAAAGAUUUUUGAGAGAGCGAUCGAUCGAAAAUUGUUCUUGUUUAAUCCAUCGUUAUGGCGGCAUCGGAGAGCUACUUCGCUAGACCAAACUACGGGUUCCUAUCAGGCGAAAGGAACGGUUCUGUCGGAUCGGAUUCAAUGUUUGAGCUUGACGAAUCCGACGUCUGGAACGUAUCGGUGUCGCCUGAGUUGCGUAAGACGGUGCCGAGUUCGCGGAUCUCGAAGAGGUCUUCAUCGGUGGCGGUGAAGCGAGGAGAGGUUAGGGGAAUGGCGUCGUCCCUGCCGGUCAAUGUUCCGGACUGGUCUAAGAUACUGAAGGAAAAUUACACGGAGAAUCGGAGGAGAGACAGUGAGGAUGAUGAUUUUGAUGAUGAUUAUAACUGCGGAGGAUUCGGUUCUGGAGAUCGGAUUCCGCCGCAUGAGUUUCUGGCGAGGACGAGAAUGGCGUCAUUUUCCGUUCACGAAGGAAUCGGAAGGACGUUAAAAGGACGAGAUCUGAGCAGGGUGCGAAACGCAAUUUGGGAAAAAACCGGGUUCGAAGACUAACAGUCAUCUACUUUCCAUUUCUUAACUAAAUAUUUGCGGAUUCAAGAGAGAAAAUUGCAUAGAUAAUUUAUGAUCAGCAUUGUAACUGCCGUUUUUGAGCCCUAAUUUGUUGAUCCGUCCAACGAUCAUUUCGUUUUGAUCUGAUUUUGGUGAAUCCGUUUCCAUGACAAGCAUCGGAGACGAUUGAUAGUUGAUUAAGAAUGUAAAUUCGGGAUUUUGAUAUGAAUUGAAAAUUAAAUUUGUGGUUUGAAGUUGGAUUUUACAUUUACA